UAAUAAAUAGGAGUAUGAGUGUUGAAGCGUAAGAGCUAGCGAGUUUGGUUGAGAAAAUAAAAAAGUGAUCAUUGCAGGCAUGGCAGAUGAGUUGGAGGCAGGAAACGGAAGCUGGUGGGAUACACCAAGAAUGAGCAGCACCACCUCCACCACUUUAAAUGCCAUCGCCAGCUACGGUUGGCCGUCGGAUUCCGCCACCACCUCUACCGGUUUGCAAAUGAUGGGAUUAGGCCUGGAUUUGGAUUGGAACCAAGCUUUAUUUAGAGAUGAAAAAGGGGUAACCGAUUUAACUUCAAACAUCGCCUCCGAAUCCUCUCAAAUAAACCGCGGGUUUCAGCCCCACUUUAGCAGUCAGGCGAGUUCCAACGACAGCACCGUCACAUCGCGGAGUUUAAGCACCUCUUUUCAGGUGGACUCCGGUGCUGCCUACGCCCUCUUGUUAUCGGAAAAUCAGCAGCACUCUAGCUAUCAAAACCCAACCAUAUCGAAUUAUCCAUAUCAGCCCCAGGCUGAUCACCAUUUGCAUGUCACUCCCUUCUGGAACGCGCCGGCCCCCAUGACAUCCAGCUUUUUCCCGCCCUUACAAAAUCAGAAUCCAUCCUUGGAUGCCAAACCAAAGCAGGGCAAGGACGGAGGGCGGGAAUUAACCAAGAAAAACAGCACGAAUAAAAGGGCGCGAAGCGAAACACCACCGCCUUUUCCAGCUUUUAAGGUGAGGAAAGAGAAGAUGGGAGACAGAAUAACGGCACUUCAACAAUUGGUCUCGCCUUUUGGAAAGACCGAUACUGCUUCCGUCCUCUCUGAAGCGAUUGAAUACAUCAAAUUUCUCCACGAACAACUCACUGCCUUAAGUGCACCCUACAUGAAAAAUGGAGCUCCCAUGCACAAUCAGCAGAAUAAUCCAGAAAAAUCGAAAGAUCUUAGAAGCCGAGGGCUAUGUCUGGUGCCAGUUUCGAGCACUUUUCCGGUGACGCACGAAACAUCAGUCGACUUUUGGACUCCUACAUUUGGUGGCACAUUCAGAUAAGCAAGCAAGUCUUCAUCUAAUCAAACUCCACUAAUAUCUAAGUAGCAGCUCACAGGUAGAUGAGAAGCAAAUGCAGAGACAGAAAGACUACAUGAUAAAAUGUUUCAAGUAUACUUUUUGGCCAAAGCGAUGCAGCUUUCCCAAAAGAUUAGUUUGCUAGCUAGGGAACAAACUGUUCGCAGAAUAUGUUAAUUAUAUAUAACCCUGUAAUAAUUGAAAAAUUAUGAUUAAAAGCGUUGCUUAGAAAUGAUUA